AUGUCACAUUACAUCUCCUCGUCCACAACAUACAGCAUUGCGGACUCGCAUGCCCCAAGCACUCCUGUCACCCCGCUGGAGAGGCCAAAUCCAUUCGAAAGUCCGUCCAGGUCAAGCGCCAACAGCUGGAUCGAAGGAACAAGACAGCACGAGCAAGGCAGCGCAAAGCUCAAAUCGGGCGUGGUCGAAGUCGCCGAGGUCAGGAAUCUCUACUUCCGUUCUCGCCGCAUCAAAAAGGAAGACUUGGAGAGUCCGAAGGCUUUGCAAUCCAGCCGAAACAGAAGUGUGUUCCAGAAGCAGACUUGGCUCAUCCCAUGUCUUGGUAUCUUUGUCGGUAUCUGCAUUACUGGGGUCCUCAUUUAUUUGGGACUUCAGAGCCAGCAUGCGGGAGGCAAAUUCUGCCCAAUCCUGGACGAGGACUUCUCUUCCGGCCGCCUAUCGCCCAACAUUUGGACGAUUGAGCAGCAAGUGGGCGGCUACGGCAAUGGUGCAUUCGACCAGACCACGGACGAUGCUGACGUUGUCUUUGUCGAUGGCGGGUUGCUGCACAUUAAGCCUGGGCUACAAGAUCAGAAGGUUGUCGAGACAGAUGGUGCGACGAUCGACCUCGGGUCCAGCUGCACGGGCACUGCCUUCUUCGAUUGCUUCGCCCACACGAACGUCACCAAUGGUACCAUCGUGCCUCCAGUCCGAUCUGGAAGAGUGAACACAAAGAAGGGCGUGUCCAUCAAGUACGGCAGGGUCGAAGUCACGGCCAAGAUGCCCAAAGGUGACUGGCUAUGGCCCGCCAUUUGGAUGUUACCCGUCGAUGAUGCGUACGGUUCCUGGCCUGCUUCUGGAGAGAUUGACAUUGCCGAGACACGGGGAAACAACUACUCGUAUAAUGCCGGGCCCGGUGGUGGGAACGACAUGGUCACGAGUGCACUGCAUUGGGGCCCGGAGAGCAAGAUGGACUCGUAUCUGCAGACUUGGAACCAGCUGAGUGCACUGCAUUCCGAGUUCGGCGACAAGUUCCAUACGUUUGGCCUGGAGUGGACGGAUAGGUACAUCUACACCUACGUCGACUCGGUCCUGCUGCAGGUGUUGUACGUGCCAUUUACGCAGCGCUUCUGGGACCGUGGACACUAUCCAGCCAGCAACGCAAACGGCACCUCGCUGCUUGAUCCAUGGUCGACCACGGGGCGGUUGAGCACGCCGUUCGACCAGAGAUUUUAUCUGAUCUUGAACGUCGCAGUGGGCGGCACCAACGGCUACUUCAAGGACAGUGCCGGGAGUAAGCCGUGGGCGGACGCUUCACCCAUCGCUCGGAAGGAGUUCUGGCAGGCUCGCGACCAGUGGUUCCCGACGUGGCAGAAGAAUGGCGAUAUGCAAGUCAAGUCGGUCAAGAUGUGGGAGAAGUGUUGA